AUGUCAUCCUCAACCCCCCAGUUUUUAAAAACAACAGCCAAAAUAUCCCACUCAACCCCUGGCUCAACCAAUCCACACACCAACCUCCUGACGAUCGACACACUAAUAAGCAUCCUCUCCAAAUCCCUCCUCAACCCCUUCAUAGCCUGGAUUUUUGUUCUCUGCCUGCGCGCACAGGUAACACCAUCAACAGACCCAGCCUGGAUUAUCGCCGUGAGCUAUGCAACGGCUCUGACAGUCCUCUUCAUCGCGCGAAUCAUCAACCAGCGCGCCGCCCAUGGCGCGCCGCGCACAGUCGAUUUCGAGCAUGAGGUCGUGGUCAUCACCGGCGGCGCGAGUGGGCUAGGUCUGUUGAUUGCGCAGAUGUAUAGCAUGCGUGGGGCGAGUGUCGCUGUGCUUGAUAUCAAGGUUGUCCCGGAAGAUAGCCGUGACGAGGUCUUUGGAGAGGGCGUUUUGUAUAUUACGUGUGACGUCGCGGACAGAGGCGCCUUGAAGCUUGCGAGGGAGAUGAUUUUGCAAGAGCUAGGAACACCGACGAUCGUUAUCAACUGUGCCGCGGCCAGGAUCAACGGCCUCUCGCUGCUUGACCUGCCAGCGGACGCGUUCGAAAAGACCAUCCGCACUAACCUGCUGGCGGCUUUCCAUCUGUACCAAGUCUUCUUGCCUGGGAUCAUCGCAGCGGAGAGUGGAGGAACCCUCGUCACAGUCAGCUCGGUGCUGGGCCAGCUGAGUGCUGCGGGACUGUCAGACUAUGCAGCGAGCAAAGCCGGACUUAGCGCGCUGCAUCGGACAAUAGAAGCGGAAAUUCGGGGGAACCCGUUGAUCAAGACAUUGCUGGUGGAGGUUGGGCAGAUGUCGACGCCGUUGUUCGACUGGGUGCGCGCGCCAAACCAAUUCUUUGCGCCAGUAUUGGAACCGGUCGAAGUUGCCCGGGAUAUGGUAGCAGCAAUUGAUAGCGGUCGAGGUGGUGUGAUCAGAUUGCCUAUUUAUGCAAAGCUCGUGAAUUGGUAUGCCGUGCUACCCGCUUCGGUGCAGCGGGUUGCGAGAUAUCUGAGUGGAAUAGAUGCUGCUGUGACUCAAAGCCGGCAGACAUCUGGGAAGACAGAUUGA